GCCUGGGUUGCGUCAGACAGGGCACUGCUCCUGCCUUCAGCUUUCCAGCCUCUGCGCGUCUGGCCAGGUGCGCGGCCGCUGCACCGGAGACACCUUCGGGUUGCCACUUGCGCCCUUCAAGGCGGCCGAUCGUUCCUGCGGCAGCAGGUCUCGCCCGAUCUCCACCGAUCUCUCUCUCGCUUCCCCCCCAGCAACAAUCCAGAAUGAUAUUCAAAGCCAACCAAUGGCUAAGGAGAUUCUCCACCACCGCCGCCGCGUAUUACCAAAAUAAAUUGAAGUUAGCUUUGAUAGGCCAGAGUCUUUUUGGACAAGAAGUUUAUCAGCACUUACAGAAAGAAGGGCAUAAAGUUGUAGGAGUCUUCACAAUACCGGACAAAAAUGGAAAGGCUGACCCUUUAGCAUCGGCUGCAGAAAAAGAUGGAACCCCUGUAUUUAAGUUCCCAAAGUGGAGAGUUAAGGGGAAGCCUAUCCAAGAAGUUCUUGAUGCCUAUAAAUCAGUUGGAGCAGAGCUGAAUGUCCUCCCAUUCUGUACACAGUUUAUUCCCAUGGAUGUUAUUGACAACCCCAAGCAUGGUUCCAUUAUUUACCAUCCAUCUAUCCUUCCCCUUCAUAGAGGAGCCUCGGCCAUCAAUUGGACUUUAAUUCAUGGUGACAAAAAAGCUGGCUUUACAAUUUUCUGGGCAGAUGAUGGUCUGGACACUGGACCCAUUCUUUUGCAAAGGGAAUGUGAUGUUCAACCAAAUGAUACUGUGGAUGAUCUUUACAAUCGAUUCCUUUUCCCAGAAGGAAUAAAAGCUAUGGUAGAAGCUGUACAGCUCAUUGCUGAUGGUAAAGCCCCUCGUAUCCCUCAACCUGAGGAGGGGGCAACAUACGAAGGCAUCCAGAAGAAAGAAAAUGCAGAGAUUUCAUGGGAUCAACCAGCAGCAGCUUUGCACAAUUGGAUUCGAGGGCAUGAUAAAGUACCUGGUGCUUGGACAAUGAUUGAUGGUCAGAGGACUACCUUCUAUGGGUCAUCCUUACUUGAUGGUUCAGUUCCUCCUGGCAAAGAGCUGCCAAUUAAAGGCACUGCAAAACCUGGUCUUGUGACUAAAAAUGGCCUAGUUCUGUUUGGCAAUGAUGGAAAGAUGUUGUUGGUCAGAAAUUUGCAGUUUGAAGACGGAAGAAUGAUUCCAGCUUCUAAAUAUUUCUCCAUGGAUGAGAUGUCUUCUGUAGAACUUACUGAAGAGGAGAAGAAGAUGGCAGAAGAUAUCAAGUCCAUUUGGAAGGGAAUUUUGAGCAACGUGGCUGUAAUUGACGACACUACUGACUUCUUUAAGUCUGGAGCCUCGUCUAUGGAUGUUGUUAGGAUGAUUGAAGAGAUCAAGCAAAUAUGCAGUACACUAGAGCUACAGAAUGAAGAUGUCUACAUGGCCCCCAAGUUUGGAGAUUUUAUCCAAACAGUUGUCCGAAAAUACCGGGGAGAAGACACAAAGGAAGAAUUAGUGGUAGAUUAUGUUACCAAAGAAGUAAACAAUAUGACAGUGAAGAUGCCAUAUCAGUGUUUCAUCAAUGGGCAGUUUAUGGAUGCUGAAGAUGGAAAAACAUAUGAUUCUAUAAAUCCAACAGAUGGAUCGGUGAUUGCCAAAGUUUCCCUCGCCUCAUUGGCUGAUGUUGACAAAGCAGUUGCAGCAGCAAAAGAUGCCUUUGAACACGGUGAAUGGGGGAAGAUGAAUGCAAGAGAAAGAGGGAGAUUAAUGUACAGACUUGCAGACCUGAUGGAAGAACAUCAAGAGGAGCUGGCAACCAUCGAGGCAAUUGACUCAGGAGCUGUUUACACACUGGCUUUGAAAACCCACAUAGGAAUGUCAGUGCAAACAUUUCGAUACUUUGCAGGAUGGUGUGACAAAAUACAGGGUUCUACCAUCCCAAUUAACCACGCACGACCAAACCAUAAUUUAACUUUCACCAAGAAAGAACCAUUAGGUGUUUGUGCAAUUGUCAUUCCCUGGAACUAUCCCCUGAUGAUGCUUGCAUGGAAGAGCGCGGCAUGUUUGGCUGCUGGCAAUACCUUAGUCCUGAAACCAGCACAGGUCACUCCAUUGACUGCCUUAAAGUUUGCAGAGCUCUCUGUAAAAGCAGGAUUUCCCAAAGGUGUUAUCAAUAUUAUCGCUGGUUCAGGUGGUUUAGCAGGACAGCGCUUAUCUGAACACCCAGAUAUUCGUAAACUGGGUUUCACUGGCUCAACUCCAAUUGGGAAACAGAUCAUGAAAAGCUGUGCUGUGAGUAACCUGAAGAAAGUUUCUCUGGAGUUGGGUGGGAAAUCCCCACUGAUCAUAUUCAAUGACUGUGAACUUGACAAAGCUGUGAGAAUGGGCAUGGGAGCAGUUUUCUUCAACAAAGGAGAGAACUGCAUUGCUGCUGGAAGACUCUUUGUAGAAGAAUCGAUCCAUGAUGAAUUUGUUAGAAAAGUGGUGGAAGAAACUAAAAAGAUGAAAAUUGGUGAUCCACUUGACAGAUCUACAGAUCAUGGUCCACAAAACCAUAAAGCACAUUUGGAAAAGCUGCUGGAGUACUGUGAAACUGGAGUAAAAGAAGGAGCAACACUAGUAUAUGGAGGAAGACAAGUAUCUAGACCAGGCUUCUUCAUGGAACCUACCAUAAUCACAGACGUUGAAGACCAUAUGUACAUUGCACGCGAAGAAUCUUUUGGUCCUGUAAUGGUAAUUUCCAAAUUCAAAGAUGGGGAUGUUGAUGGGGUGCUAGAACGAGCCAACAGGACAGAAUACGGCUUGGCUUCAGGGGUCUUCACCAAAGACAUAAGCAAAGCUUUGUAUAUCAGUGACAAACUGGAAGCUGGAACAGUCUUUAUCAAUACCUAUAACAAAACUGAUGUGGCAGCCCCAUUUGGUGGAUUCAAGCAGUCUGGCUUUGGGAAAGAUUUAGGGGAAGAAGCCCUCCAUGAAUAUCUCAGAACAAAAGCUGUAACUGUGGAAUAUUAAGCAGUUCCACUUUGGUGGUAAAGCAGUUUUGUUGCCAAUAAACUGUAAAAACUUCCUGAAAUGCAAGGCAGGACUACAGAAUUACAAGCAGAAUAAAUAUUAAGUAGAGACCUUCUCGUUAUGUAGUAUGGAGCAAAUGGACAAUACUUUUGUUCACAGUAGGAACAAGACAUUCUUUUUAAAGGUAUGCAGUUUGUUCCCAUUAUGAUCUGCACAGUGGUUAAAACGCUGUACUGCAAACUAAAACUGUGCUCACGACCUGGGGUUCAAAUCCCAGGUAGCCGGC